CCAAGAAAGAAACACAUAUGAGAGAUGUUGCAAAGAAAUUUAGAAAGAACCCUACUCCACAAAUUUCUUAUUUUUCUGAUCACAAAUGACAAAACCCUAUUCUUCCCACCAAUUUCUUCAUGAAUAAUUGCUUCAACUUCACCCUUCUCAGUCUUCCCCCAAUUAUUAACACCAUGAAUACUUCAUCUUCUUCCUCUUCAGCUAACUCCUCCAGUCAUUAUAAUAACUCCCUUUCAAGUUCAACCCUCUACAAUUUCUACCCAUCACACCCUAAAGAAACCCUAGCCCUUCUCGGUAACCUAAAUUCCACACAAAGAAGCACACAAACCAUCUCUAAUGAAGAAGAAGAAGAAGAAGCAGUAUCCCUUCAUAUAGGGUUACCCUACAACUUCGGGAGCAGCAGCAGCAGCAAUGUGGAGAUAACUAAUGAAGAGGAAUUACAAGGCUCUAAAGUUAUUAAUAAUGACAAUUCUUUGAUGAUGAUGAACAUAAACAAGGGUCAGUAUUGGAUCCCAAACCCUAAUCAAAUUCUUGUUGGUCUUAAUCAGUUCCCUUGUCCUGUUUGCUGCAAGUCCUUUAGCAGAUACAACAAUCUCCAGAUGCAUAUGUGGGGACACGGAUCUCAAUAUAGAAAAGGGGCACAAUCACUAAGAGGGAUACAACCCACAGCCAUGUUAAGACUUCCAUGUUACUGUUGUGAACAAGGUUGCAAACAUCACAUAGACCAUCCUAGGUCAAGGCCAUUGAAAGACUUUAGGACUCUCCAAACGCACUACAAGAGAAAACAUGGUACCAAGACCUUCAUGUGUAGAAAAUGUGGAAAGCCAUUUGCGGUUAAAGGUGAUUGGAGGACUCACGAGAAGAAUUGCGGUAGGGUUUGGUAUUGCGUAUGCGGUGCUGAUUUUAGGCACAAAAGAUCACUCAAAGAUCACAUUAGUUCGUUCGGAUCGACUCACAAAGCUUUAGGGUUUGAUCAAGUGGAGGAUGAUCCGACUUCCUCCGAGAUUGAGCAAGAUGAGGAUGAUGAUGCCUGAUUAUUAAUCUAAAGUAUCAACCUAGCUAGCUAGUUGAAUCUCCAAAAGAAAAAAAUGUUUUUAUUUAAGUAGCUACUAUUAAACAUGUAUAGAAAAGAUACAACUUUGUUUAAGGAUAGAACUUUUGCUUAUUCCAAAUGGUUUGCAUUUCAUAAACAUGUUGGUUGGUUUUAUAUAUGUUUAUCAUGUAUGAUGAAUCAUGUGGUUAAUAAAUAUGUACACUAUUAUUGAUUGGUUUAA